AACCAGAUCCAAACCGGCAGAGAGCGACUGCAGUCUGCGGCCGCUCUCCCGCGGACUCGCCGGCCCCGGCCGCACCCUCGCCUAUAUCUACGCGACGCGACCCCCUCAGUCUCGCUCGCAGCGCCUCCCAAACCUUCGCCCACCCACGCGCCUCACGGUCGCGCCGCGCCGGAUCGGGAUCAAGUCACGCUUAGCACCACGCGGCCGCUCUCGCUUUCGCCGUCGCCGGGAAUGGGGAGCACGGCGGGCGAGGUCACCCGCGCCGACUUCCCCGAGGGCUUCGUCUUCGGCGUCGCCACCUCCGCCUACCAGAUUGAGGGGGCAAGAAAUGAAGGUGGCAAAGGCGAUAGCAUAUGGGAUGUAUUUACAGAUAACAAAGAACGUGUCCUAGACGGAUCCUCUGGAGAAGUUGCAGUUGAUCAUUACCAUCGAUACAAGGAAGACAUUGAGCUCAUGGCCAAGUUGGGUUUUGGUGCUUAUAGAUUUUCCAUAUCUUGGUCACGGAUAUUUCCUGAUGGCUUAGGGACAGAAAUCAAUGAGCAAGGAGUUGCUUUCUAUAACAACCUUAUAGAUUUCAUGAUUGAGAAAGGUAUUCAGCCUUAUGCAACUCUGUAUCACUGGGAUCUUCCGCAUAAUCUUCAGAAGACUAUGGGGGGUUGGCUUUCUGACAAGAUUGUAGAGUACUUCGCAUUAUAUGCAGAAGCUUGCUUUGCAAAUUUUGGAGAUAGAGUUAAGCAUUGGAUAACAAUCAAUGAACCUAUUCAAACAUGCAUUAAUGCUUAUGGGGUUGGAAUAUUUGCUCCUGGAUUAUGUAAAGGUGUAGCUGCUGAACCUUUCUUGGCUGGCCAUCACCAGAUCUUAGCUCAUGCUGCUGCUGUUGAUGUCUACAGAAGAAAAUUCAAGGCUAAACAAGGUGGUCAAGUAGGAUUUGUUAUUGAUUGUGAAUGGGCGGAGCCAAAGUCGGACAAAAUGGAAGACCAGGCUGCUGCAGCACGGCGCAUUGACUUUCAACUUGGAUGGUUCCUGGACCCAAUAUACUUUGGUGAUUACCCAGAAAGCAUGCGCCAGAGAGUGGGCGAAUAUCUUCCAAAAUUCUCUGAGAAAGACCGUGAAUUGAUGAGGAACAAAAUUGAUUUUAUUGGAUUAAAUCACUAUACAUCAAGAAUCAUUGGCAAUCAGCCGAACCCACAACCACAAGAGAUCCAUUUUUAUCAGGUUCAACAAAUAGAGAGAACAGACAAAUGGAGUAGCGGUGAAGCAAUUGGUGAAAGAGCUGCGUCUGAGUGGCUUUUAAUAGUUCCCUGGGGUAUUCGGAAAACAAUCAAUUAUAUAGUAAAGAAAUAUGAAAAUCCAAUAAUAUAUGUAACAGAGAAUGGCAUGGAUGACGAAGACGAUCCAUCAGCACCAGUUGAUCAGUUCUUAAAUGACACAAAGAGGGUUAAUUUCUUCAAAGGAUAUGUUGGUGCAGUCGCACAAGCAAUAAAGGAUGGCGCCGACGUUCGUGGAUACUUUGCAUGGUCAUUCCUGGAUAACUUUGAGUGGGCGAUGGGAUUCACCAAGAGGUUUGGGAUUGUCUAUGUUGAUUACAAGAACGGGCUCACCCGACACCCUAAAGCAUCAGCCAUGUGGUUCUCACGCUUCUUGAACGGCGAGACCGCUGACAGCAAACCUGACACAAACUAAGCCCCUCAUUCACCAAGGGAUGGCACUGAUGUUCGCGGGUAGUUCGGAUGGCCAUUCCUGGGCAACUUUGAGUGGGCUACAUACAGUAUACACCACGAGAGGUUUGGUACAAGGAUGAGCAUUGGGGACAUUCCGAAGCACCAGCCCAGUACGUGGCUCUCACACCCGUCGAAGACCAACACGGCGCGAGCUGAGCCAUCUCACAGCAAGUAAAUGAAACAUUAUACGAGUUGUUGUUGUUGCUGCUGUUGUUGUAUCGUACCACGACUGCCAUCUACUCAAAAUAAUAAUCGUAGCCCAUCUCAGAUACACUUCUAUACGGGCCACGAUUAGUCCAUUGAUUGUUCAAAUGGAUGUUUAAGGGGCCAGAGUUCCCUGCUAAUAAAUUAUACGAGUUCAUGUCAGCCAACCCUGUUAGACAACGCUGCCUAUGUAUGUUUGCUACUCUGCUGCUGCUGUAUUAGUCCUGUAAUGUCUGGCCUU